GCGGACGAGCGCACGCGCUCGCUCACGCGCUCAGCCCUCAUGCGCGCUGCACAUGGAUUUUGCGCGCUCAGAAGUGUUUGCACAGGGCAUCUUGGCGCAAGUGGCUUGUUUUCUUCUGACUCGCAGGAUGUCUUGUCGCUUUUGAGGUCGGAACUUACGUUAAAGAGAUAUAUUAUCUAUGAAAGCAGCAAGAAAUGAAGAUGAAGCUCGUGAACUAUUUGGCUCUUCUCUUAGUUUGGCAGGCGGACGCGGUUAGCGGGAGACAUGCAAACUGUCACUUUCUGUAUGAGCUGCAGAUGGCUGAGAAGGAAUGUCUGGGUAUUCUGGCAGACAAGCUGCCUCCGCACACUAAAGGUUGCAGGGGGAUGUGGGACAAUAUUUCUUGCUGGCACCAUGCUGAUAUUGGAGAGGUGGUUGUCAACACCUGCCCCACUGCCCUAAAAACUUUGUUCACCAGAGAUGGCAUCAUUAGCAGGAACUGCACUACGGAAGGCUGGUCCGACGUGUAUCCCAGCAUCCAGAAAGUUUGCUUUGAGCCCACCCCUGAUGAAAAGGUUGUUUUCUACACGGUGAUGAAGACCCUCUACACGCUCGGACACAGUCUCUCUCUCAUCGCGCUCAUCACCGGCAGCACCAUCCUCUGUCUGUUCAGAAAACUCCACUGUACAAGGAAUUACAUCCAUCUGAACCUGUUCUUUUCGUUCAUACUGAGGGCCAUCGCUGUGCUGGUCAAAGAUGCCAUUCUGUUUUCCCACGAGAAUGUAGAAUGUACAAAGCAGCCGUCACUGAUUGGUUGCAAGGCCAGUCUGAUCUUCUUCAACUACUUCAUCAUUGCAAACUUCUACUGGUUGCUGGUGGAAGGACUGUACCUACACACACUAUUGAUGGUCAUCUUCUCUGAGAACAGACACUUCAUCAUCUACCUCCUUAUUGGAUGGGGAUUCCCCACCGUGUUUGUGAUUCCAUGGAUUGUAUGCAGGAUUUACCUCGAGGACACAGGAUGCUGGGAGAGAAACGACGCUCCGAUUCCCUUGCGGGUGAUUAACUGGCCAAUCAUGGCAUCUGUCAUUUUGAACUUCAUUCUGUUCAUCAGCAUCAUUCGAAUCCUGGUCCAGAAACUGAGGUGUCCUGACGUUGGAGGAAACGAUCAGUCCCAGUACAGGAGACUUGCCAAGUCUACACUUCUCUUGAUUCCUCUCUUCGGCGUCCACUACGUUGUUUUCGUUUAUGUCCUAGAUGAAAAUGGAGAGAUGGAAAACUAUAAAAUAUUCUUCGAGCUUGGUCUGGGAUCUUUUCAGGGCUUGGUGGUUGCCAUUUUGUACUGUUUCUUGAAUAGUGAGGUCCAGAGCGAACUCAAGAGGAAGUGGCGGAGUUUGCGUUUAAAGCGUUACAUCGGUCGAGACUACCGUCUGCACAGUUCAUCCAUAUCCAAGAACGGCACGGAAAACAUGUCCCAAUUCCAUCGGAACUCCAGAGCCCAGUCUUUCCUACAGACCGAGACCACUGUGGUGUGAAACAUCCAGAAUUGGCGCUAUAUGAAUCACGCUCUUACUUCACUGUUGCCCCUCAGCUAACAACUCUGUGUUUUUCAAAAGCUUUAUGCUGAAGAGGAAGAGGCUUUCUGAAGCAUGAGAUUGACAUACAAGAGACACGAUCUGUUUUGUCAGUAUACAAAAUCUUGUUUCAUAGCAAACUUUGCUAUAAACCACCAAAAUAGCACAUUAUACCAAACCUCUGUGAGUGGGGUAGUAUUGGUGGCAUUAAAAACAAAAAUUCCAUUUUUGCAGAUACAGAUCACAUAUAUAUUGCUUUUUGUAAACUCUUUCAUUGCAUUAGGGUCAGAUUAUAUAAUAGAGUUAUGUAAAUGCUACUUAAGGCCUACAGCAGUUUUCUUAGACGUUCGUGGAGACGCAGCGCCAUUCUAUCAACACAUGAAAACUCAGCCGAGAACAUGUCUUGGAUGAAUGCAAAAAGUGGGUCACUUCUAUGCCAAAAUCAAAUGUGAGGAUUUAUUACAGCCGGAGGUGUCUCAUUUCAGGAUAGUCUUACUUCAGAUGUUGAAACUGAAAAGUCAGUCGUGCAUUCAAAUGAAAAGUGGUGAUUGUAAAAAAAAAAGCAAAAAUACUUGCACUGAUAUUGAACUGUCCUCACAUCUGCAGCAUUACAUAAUGCCAUUUGGUCAUUACACUACCCCUGGAUUUUUUUCUUCCUCUUUUAUGUCUUGAAGAAAAGCUACGGUAUGAAAAAGCAUGAACUGAGAUAAAAGAUGAUACUUUGUCCAAGAAAUGUAUAUUCUAGCAUGUGAAUGUAAUUCAUUAUUAUGUGAGGAGAUUCAGUAUAGUGGCUUAAAUAUUUAGUUUGCCCAUAAAAAGAUUUAUCCAGCGAUAAACCAAACCACGACUCGCUGUUAUUACGCCUCAAAUUCUUUUAUUUCAUAUCCCACCGAUCAGUCAUUUCAAUAGGUGUUGACGCUAUUUCUGAUUAUUUUUGCUUUUGUGUUGCUCUGCCUCGCAUUGUCAGGGGGAGUUGGGAAAUUGUACACUGCAAUGAAUCCUGCUGUCUGUGCUCUUUUCAUUCAACUGAAAACAGAUAAUUAAUCCAGUAGACAGUUGGACGCAGAUUUAGGUCAAGUGAACUAACAAAACAGCGAGUGUGAGGGCGUAUGAAAGUGACAUUUCGGUGUGAGCUGUGCUUUGCGAACAGAUUCUGGGAGCUGCGGUCCAGAGACUUCACAAUGGGCUGAAAAGGAGAUCGGAUCUCUUACAGCCAGGCCUGAAGAGCGAGAGGUCCCCGGGACACCACGUGCGAGCUUGCGUUCAUUUAAAGUGACACAGAUGCCACGGGCAGGGGCAUUCAGCAUCAUUAUCAGACUGUCAAGCGGAGAAGAAAAGAUGGAGCUUUAAUUAGAGCUGGCAGAAAGGAAUUGUGGGGUUGACUGAAUUAUAUAUUGAAGGAGGGGUUAUUGUGGAGGACAGUAUGACUUCAUUUUGAAAGAUCUGUGAAGAAUCUGGUCCGUUUGACAGAUGCAUUUAUGAUGUAAAAAUAUGUACAAACAGGGGCCAUAAUGUUGUGCACUUCUUGUUUAUUAUAUUUAACCAUCUGCUAUGUUUAAUUGAAAUUGUUCUCAGUUUUUGCAGUUCUUAUGAAUGUUUCUUGUAAACUGUACUGAGAUUUUUCAUUAAAUGUGAAAGUUGUUUUUAAUCUGUAUUGAGUAAAUUUGUGCAUUUGAUUGGUACAUUGAAAAAAAUGUGGGGCUGAAACAAUUUUCAUUCAAAAAUUGCUAGUAAACACUACCAGUCAAAAGUUU